AUGGAGGUGUUUGUGCGUGGGCCAGACAGGUACGUUACAGAGCAGAGGCGCCGUGAGGGGAAAUCCUCACUUCCACCAGGGUAUCAGCUUUUUGAAGAUGCACGCAAGCUUACGGAGCGCAUGAUGGGCACGCUGCGAGACUGGAAGGAAUUUACAGAUAAGGAGUAUUGUCUCUGCUAUUACACGAACAAAACUGAAGGCAGCUCUUCAACUGGCGUAGGAGGAAGGGGCAACACGGGAAACCGAAAUUUAACGCAACGUGGGGUCAUGUCGUGGGAUUUCCCGAGGGCGAAGGGGAAGACAUGGAGGUGA